AGAUUUUUCUAACCAAAUAAAAACAAUACACAAACAUUGUGUGAAAAUAUUUAUAAAGAACGGAAAAUGGGCGUCGAAAAUAAACGUCGAGCAGAAGAUAGUGCCCUAGUACCGGUAAAUAAAAAGCAGCGGCAUGAAGUGGCCACCAAAAAUAAGAAUACAUCAGUUCUUCAAGCCGCACCGGCUAGGACUUCUAACUUAUUCGCGCCCAUCAUGCAGUUAGAUGGUCACGACGGUGAGAUCUUUAGCGUUGAUUUCCACCCUGAAGGGCAAUAUUUAGCCUCAACUGGUUUCGAUAGAAGAAUAUUUCUUUGGAGCGUCUACGGAGAAUGCGAAAAUAUAUCGGUACUAUCGGGCCACACAGGCGCCGUAACAGAAAUGCAUUUCACCACGGACGGUUCGAAUAUAUUCACUUCCAGCACUGACCACACUCUAGGGCUUUGGGACAUCGUAACGGGCCAAAGGAUUAAGAAGUACAAAGGUCACACAACGUUCGUAAACUGCGUACAAGGGGCUAGACGAGGGCCACAGCUCAUGUGCUCCGGCGGAGACGACAGUACCGUUAAAGUUUGGGAUACUAGAAACAAAAAGAGCGUGUUCAGUAUUAAUACUGCUUACCAAACUACUGCGGUUUCUUUUAAUGAUACCGCCGAGCAAUUAUUUAGCGGUGGAAUCGACAAUGAUAUCAAGGUGUGGGAUGUGCGUACAAAAGAGCUUCUCUACGCUCUAAAAGGACAUGCGGAUAGUAUAACCGGCCUCUCGUUGAGCAAAGAUGGAUCAUAUCUCCUCAGCAAUUCCAUGGAUAAUUCCUUAAGAAUAUGGGACGUGAGACCAUACGCCCCGGCAGAUAGGUGCAUCAAAGUUUUCAGCGGACAUCAACAUAAUUUCGAAAAGAAUUUAUUGAGAUGUGCUUGGUCACCGGAUGGUAACAAGAUAACGUGUGGUUCGGCAGAUCGGUUUGUUUAUAUUUGGGACACCAAUACAAGGAGAAUAAUUUAUAAAUUGCCAGGUCACAAUGGAAGCGUUAACGACGUUAAAUUUCAUCCAAACGAGCCUGUCGUUUUAUCCGGUUCCAGUGAUAAACAACUAUUUUUAGGAGAGAUUGAUGCUUAAUACAUUUUUUAAAAUAAUACAAAUAUAUUUAGGUGUAAUGUAUCGAUUAUUUGAAUUAUUGUGUACCUGAGCAAAGUAUUGGGAAAGAAUAUUGAGCCCGAGCUUGACUCCUCUUACUAGUAGCUCACUCCAAAUUGUUCUUCAAAGAUAAAAUUAAACAUUUCUCAAUAGACUAAAAGCAAAACUCCAAUAAAUUAUUCAUAAUGGGACAAAAUAAAAUGAAUGUUCG